CUUCGGGUGGGCGGGUUUGCCGAGCCUUUAUGGUGGGGCGUCCCUCCCUCCUGGCGGUAGGGUUUUUCUUUGAGGCGUCUGGAGCUAUUAUCUGACUAGAUCCGACCCCGAUUGCCCCUAUAGAUGCUGGAAAUCCUACUGGAUUUCCUCCGGGUGACUUUGCCCCCGUCUCCUGAUCGUGGCUUAUUUUUGAAAGUCGCCCGGGUUGAAGCCUGAGGGAACAGCUUAAAAGCCCGCUAAAGCUAAGUGCAAAGUACAGGCGUGACGGGAUAUUUUCAGCUUGGUCGGUAAAGGUUCAACAGCAGCGGCUGUGUUGUGGUUGUGCAGUUUUUAGGUGCCAACGAUCCAACAGUGCUGACCUUUGAUUAGAGGCUGGGCUUGGAUCUCUGCUGGCUUGGGUGCUUUUUCCUUGCUGGUAACUGGAUUCGGGGAAUAAACCCAAAAGUGAACAUAAGAAAAGGGAGCCUCCUUCCUUGGGGAUCUCUGUAUUGAUCCUCAAUCGAUCGGCUGUUUCUGGGCCAAACAACCCACCAUCAUUGAUGGAGAACGUCAAGUGCUCAACGAUGUCAGCCAAUGUUACAUGUGUAUCUGAAAGUAAUCCUAUUUGAAGUCUGUAGGAUUUUAUUCUUACUUGGUACACGGUUGCAGCCUAAGGAUUUCCAUUUGGCCAUAUUGAAUCUACAGUGCAGAUAAGCCAGGAUGCCAGAAAAUCCAAUUGCAGAUAAGCAGCAGAUCCUGAGGAUUCUGGAGCGUCUACUAAUGAAACUUCAUGAGAAAGGAGACACUUCACACAGUGAUAAUCUGGCUUUUCUAUACAAUACUCUUAAGAAUCCUUUAUUCAACCACGUGCUGACUCUUCAGCAGUCAAUAAAGCAGCUGAAAGAACAACUUAGGUAUAUGCCUCCAGAUCGUUCAGUGGAUUUUGAUUUUACGAGGCGAGGGUUGCUGGUAUUUGAUGCUGACCCACAUCCUGUUGUUAAUGGGAACAUCCAGAAUGAUAAGCAAAUGGCUCCGCUAAUUUCCAGAUUUGAAGUGGAUGAAUUUAAUUUGAUAAUCCAAAAGAUGGCAAAGGGCAGGCAAAUUGAGUAUAUAGAUAUAGAGAAACCAUUUAAUAGGGGCCUUGGAUUUAGUGUGAUUGCUCUUAAAAAUCAAAGCUUUGGAGAAGUUGGUAUCUUUGUGAAAGAAGUACAGCCAGGAAGCAUAGCAGCCAGGGAUCAAAGGUUAAAGGAAAAUGAUCAGAUAUUGGCUGUAAAUCAUACACCAUUGGACCUGAACAUUUCUCAUCAACAGGCAAUCCUGUUGCUCCAACAGUCCACAGGCUCUUUACAUUUGGUUGUGGCCAGGGGCCCCACCCAGAGCAGCAGUAGGAACUUCUCUGCUACGAGUGAUGCUAAUGUACCUGAAACGGUCAAUUGGGGCCACACUGAAGAAGUUGAACUGAUUAAUGAUGGCUCUGGAUUAGGGUUUGGAAUUGUGGGAAGAAAAACAAGUGGUGUGGUGGUACGGACUAUUGUUCCUGGUGGACUAGCAGACAGGGAUGGCAGACUUAGAACUGAUGAUCACAUCUUGGAAAUUGGGGGUAUUAAUGUACAAGGGAUGAGUAGCGAACAGGUUGCUCAAGUCUUGAGAAACUGUGGAAACCACGUUAAGAUGGUAGUUGCACGAUCUCCUUUGUCUGAAAUAUCUGCAAUCCCACCAACUCCUGUGGCUGAUCCUGUGGGUGAAUUAGCUACUAUUCAGGACAGAGAAUCUGACACAGAAAAUGAAAUUCAUGAAGUUAAGUUGACUAAAAAAGAUGGACAGAGCCUUGGUAUAACAAUUGUUGGAUAUUCUGGAGUUUCUGAUUCAGGGGAAGCUUCAGGGAUUUUCAUAAAAAACGUAAUACCUGACAGUGCUGCAGAUCACAAUGGUCAGAUAAAAGUCAACGACAAAAUCAUUGCAGUUAACAGAAUUAAUAUUCAGAAUUAUACCAACCAAGAAGUUGUGGAAGCUUUACGCAAGACAGGACCAGUUGUUCAUCUGACAUUGCUUCGAAAGAAACCACAUGCGGAAAGAGAGUUGGAUAGAGGGCAUUCACACAUGUUCAACUUGACUGGUGUGGAAUCCGAUAGUGAAAAUGAGGAACCUCAAGAGCAAAAAGAUAACACUGAAAAUGAAAGGAAGCAGAAGCAACAUGCAAUUGGGAACAUCUCGGACUUAUCAGAAAAUAAGCCAACAUCCAAAUGGGAAACACUGCUGGGACCUGAUUAUGAAGUUAUGGUUGUCACAAUAGAUACACCAAUUGCAGAUGAUGCUGAACUACAAAAAUAUUCAAAGCUGCUGCCUAUUCACACAUUAAGGCUUGGAGUUGAACUGGAUACUUUUGAAGGACAUCAUUACAUCUCUUCCAUUGCUACAGAUGGCCCAAUUGCUAAACUUGGCUUAGUGCAACUGGAGGACGAACUUUUAGAGGUAAAUGGUGUUCAGCUCUAUGGGAAAUCCCGCCGUGAAGCUGUUUCUUUUCUGAAAGAGGUUCCCCCUCCAUUUACCCUGAUUUGUUGUCGCCGUUUGUUUGAUGAUGAUACGGAAUCUUUUGUGGAUGAACCUCCAGCCACAAUUGCUCAUUCUCUAGAACCAAAGGUGAAGCUUGAAAAUCCAGAGGAACAGCAGGAAGAUGAAGAGCAGGAAGAUGAAGAUGUGGAACUAGCACUAUGGUCUUCUGAAGUCCAAGACAUCGUCCUUGUUAAAGAUGCAAAUAUAGGUUUAGGAUUCAGCAUUUUAGACUAUCAGGAUCCCUUAGAUCCAACAAAGACUGCAUUUGUGAUCAGUUCCCUUGUGCCAGGUGGAGUGGCUGAACGUGGUGCUGCGCUCUUCCCUGGUGACCGCUUAGUCUCUGUAAACGGUGUGUAUUUGCAUAAUAUUGAUCUAGAAGAAGCUGUAGAAGUUCUAAAAUCUGUACCACCUGGUGAAGUUCAUCUUGGAAUCUGCAAACCUUUGGUAGGAGAAAAUAAACAUAAUGGGACUUCUUCUGUGGAACCGGAGAGACUUAACAGAAGUUCAGCAUCUCAGGAAUCAAUCAAUAAUAUUGAGUCAUCAAUCUUCCUUCCAGUUCCAAAGGACUUCAGAAAUGAAUCUAAAGAAGAACUUGUUGAUGAGCCCGUCUUGGAAGAGCUUGUUGAUGAGCCAGACUUGGAUUUGGGGAGACAGUUUCAACUUAUGCAGAGUGAAACAGACGUUGAUCAGGAAUCUUGGGAAAUGCAUGAGAUUUUGAAGCCUAUGGAAGAACAGCUUGGUGAAGAACGAGAGAUGUUAGUGGAUGAAGUGUAUGAUAUGGAUCAAGAUUACAAAAGAGGUCCGUCAGUAAAUAUGAGGGAAAUACCUUCAUCUCCUGUGGUGGACUUUGAAACUGAAGGAUAUUGGGUUGAAGAAUUAGACUGUACUAAAAUGGUUGAACCGAAUCCUGCAAACUAUCUUAAUACUGAAGAGAAUGAAGAAAAGAAUACUAAUAAUUCACUAUUCCGUGGUGUUUCAGUGGAGGACAGCCAAGAAAAUCCUAUGUUGGAUGGUAUUGCAAACCAAGGUGACCCUAAAGAAGAUCUAUGCACCGAUGUUGAUCAUGAGAAAUAUAACAUAAAAAAUGAAGAUAUUGAUCCUUCCAGCUCUGAAGAUUCUGCCCUAUGUAGGGUAGUGCUGUCCAGUGAAUUGCCUGAAAGAGAAGACGGCGAAGGAGAAGAAACUCCAAUUUUUAGUCACUGGGGACCCCCUCAAAUAAUUGAAAUUUUUCGGGAGCCCCAUGUUCCUCUUGGUAUCAGUAUUGUUGGGGGACAUACAAUGAUAAAACGCCUGAAGAAUGGAGAAGAGCUUAAAGGAAUAUUUAUCAAACAGGUUUUGGAAGACAGCCCAGCAGGAAAAACAAAGGCUCUCAAAACAGGAGAUAAAAUUCUUGAAGUAUCUGGAACAGAUCUACAAAAUGCUACUCAUGAAGAAGCUGUGGAAGCUAUCAAAAAUGCAGGCAACCCCAUUGUUUUUGUGGUGCAAAGUCUGUCAAGUCUUCCAAGGAUAGUUUCAGUAAUAAAUCCCAAGAAAAAGAAAGGCGACAAGGAUCAGGACACAGAAGAAACUGAAAAGAAAAGUGGAAUUCCACCACCCAUGAAAUUGCCACCACCUUACAAGGGAGCAAGAAAGUCCAGCUCGGAUGAUCCAGAAGAGGAAGAGGACGAAGAAGAAGAAAAUGCUUUUACAGAGGAGAAAAUCAGACAAAGAUAUGCAGAACUUCCUGGAGAACUGCACAUUAUUGAAAUUGAAAAAGAUAAGAAUGGACUUGGACUCAGCCUUGCAGGCAACAAGGAUAGGUCCCACAUGAGCAUUUUUGUUGUGGGGAUUAGUCCAGAUGGCCCUGCAGGAAAAGAUGGAAGAAUGCAUAUUGGAGAUGAACUUUUAGAGAUAAAUAACCAGAUUUUGUAUGGGAGAAGUCACCAGAAUGCUUCUGCAAUAAUUAAGACGGCACCAUCAAAGGUCAAACUGGUAUUUAUACGCAAUGAGGAUGCAUUUAACCAGAUGGCUGUAGCUCCUUUUCCAUUACCCUCUUGCACUCAGCCUUCCAAUGAGGAUAUCAGCAGCAAAGCUGAAAAAGAGGUGAUUGAAGACCAGCAAGUUGAGGCAGACCAGCCUCCAGAAAAUCUUCGAAACCAGUUAAAGCAAACAACGUUUUCCACAGUGAACCCCAUCCCCAUCAAUUUACAUGAGAUUUCUUUGGCCCCCGACUCAUCUUAUCCUCCAGAGCCAGAAUUCAGCAAUCAAAACAACUUUCCACCUCCUCCAGUAGAUCCAGCAAUGUGCCCAAUCGUUCCUGGCCAAGAAAUGACUAUUGAAAUAUCCAAAGGACGAUCAGGUCUGGGACUCAGUAUCGUAGGAGGAAAGGAUACACCACUUGAUGCCAUAGUCAUACACGAAGUUUAUGAAGAAGGAGCAGCUGCUAGAGAUGGUCGACUUUGGGCUGGUGAUCAAAUUCUGGAAGUUAAUGGCAUAGACUUGAGAAAUGCCAGCCAUGAAGAUGCUAUCACUGCCUUGAGGCAAACACCUCCAAAAGUGCAGCUUGUUGUCUAUAGAGAUGAAGCUCAUUAUAAAGAUGAAGAAAAUUUGGAGAUUUUCCUUGUAGACCUACAACGGAAAAUGGGCAGAGGAUUGGGACUUAGCAUUGUAGGAAAAAGAAAUGGAAGUGGCGUGUUUAUCUCUGACAUUGUCAAAGGAGGAGCCGCUGAUCUUGAUGGACGACUAAUUCAAGGAGAUCAGAUAUUAUCUGUCAACGGUGAGGAUGUCAGACAUGCUUCUCAAGAGGUGGUAGCCACCAUUCUUAAAUGUGCCCAAGGACUUGUACAACUGGAGAUUGGACGGCUGAGGGCGGGAUCUUCAUUAUCCUCAAGGAAGACAUCUCAAAACAGUCAGAUGAGCCAACAUAAUGUCCAUAGCCACUUUCAUCCUACAUUUGCUCCGGUUAUCUCCACUUUACAGAAUUUAGUCAGCACUAAGAGAUCAUCUGCCGAUCCUUCUCAGAGAAAUUCAGUUGGAGCAGACAUAAACCCAAGAACUGUGGAAAUAACAAGGGGCUUGAAUGAUGCUCUUGGUAUCAGUAUUGCGGGUGGCAAGGGAAGUCCCUUGGCAGAUAUUCCGAUCUUCAUUGCUAUGAUUCAAGCCAACGGAGUGGCAGCACGCACACAUAAACUACGAGUUGGUGAUAGGAUUGUCAGUAUUAAUGGGCAGCCUUUGGAUGGUCUGUCUCAUGCUGAGGUAGUAAAUCUGCUGAAGAAUGCCUAUGGGACCAUCAUCCUGCAGGUAGUGGCUGAUACCAACAUCAGUGCCAUUGCCAGCCAGAUAGAGAAUAUGACUUCCAGCACUAACUUUACUCCACCCACCGAACAUCAUUCUGAAUACCCAGAAGUACCUCAACCUAAAAUCAUUGGGUUGGAGAAAGGGUCAGAUGGAUUGGGCUUUAGCAUUGUUGGAGGCUUCGGAAGCCCACAAGGAGACCUCCCAAUAUAUGUCAAAACCAUUUUUGCAAAGGGAGCAGCUGCAGAUGAUGGCAGACUGAAGCGUGGCGAUCAGAUUUUAGCCGUUAAUGGACAGUCUCUGGAAGGUGUGACUCAUGAGCAAGCCGUAGCUAUCCUGAAGCACCAAAAGGGGGCAGUGACAUUAACAGUGUUGCCAUGAGCUUUGCUGCAAAGGCAGUUUGGGCUGGAUGCAAUUAUUUCUGAGCAUUGCUAGAGCUGCUAUAAAAUGAUCUACAAUCCUUGUCAGAUGGCAACCCAACUCCAGCUAAAAUUAGCACAUAUUAUUAAGGAUGUUGCUAUGCAGCUACGGCCAUUGUAGUGGUCCAUUAUGUCUUGUCAUUGAAGCUAUUUGUGAAAGCCUUAAUCCUACAUCUCCUCUCUACCGGGUUCUCUUGAAUGGGCUUUUGAUUCCUUCCUUUGUCCAUAAUUAUUAUCUCUUAGUAGGAAAUGUAAUCAGGAAACUAAAAUUAGCAUAUAUACAAGAAAGAAUGUGGUCGUUUGUUGGUUCCCUUCUAAUGAACAGAUAGAAAUACUGAUUGACUUUUCAUCUUGUUCAUGGUUUGAUUGUCAAACUUUUUAGCCCUGCCAGAAAACAUUAAAACAUAAUUCAAUUACAGAUUUUUUGAAUAAUGAAAUAUCAAAUUCUCCAGUGGAAAAUUAAUUGCAUAUGAAUUUCUAAUGAUGAAGUUCCAAUCCUCCUGUCUAAUCUCUCUGGAUAAAUAUAUGUAAGUUAGUUAUAACCAUGACAAGUAAACUUUAAGCUUCUCCUUAUUCAUUUUCCGGUUUUGGAAAAUCCUUGAUAGAUUGGCAAAAAUCUUUAGAAGUUCCUAUCUCUGGACAGCAAGUUAAAUAGUGGAAAUAAUUGGUACUGUGUAAAGCAGGGGUGGGGAACGGUGGUCCCUUUCUGGUUUGUGGACUUGAAGUCCCAGAAUUCCUGAGCCAUGCUGGCUCAGGAAUUCUGGAAGUUGAAGUUCACAAGUCAUAAAGGGGCCAUGGUUCCCAACCUCUGAUGUAAAGCGUAACCAAGGGUGGUAUUCAGUUACCUUUGCUAUCGGUUCGCAAAUGUGAGUGCAUGCACCACCUCCACACAUGCGCGGGACCAUCCAUGCAUGCGCAGAGUGUCGAAAACAAGACGUGAUGAUGUCUGGGCAGGUGGGUGGAGCCUCCUGCCGCCACCACUACCGGUUCGCCCGAACUGGAUAGAACCAGCUGAAUACCGCCACUGAGUGUAACUCCCCUGAAAUGAAUGAAAAUGAGCCUUAAUUUGAAAUUAAGGCUACUUAUUGUUUAUAAUGAUAAUAUUAUAACAAAUUGUAAACAUGAUCUACCAAUCUCAUGAUCAAAUUCUGACGUUCAUGUCUCACCAAUACAUAAAUAAAAUGGCAAUUUUCUAUUUAAAAUCCUGCAGCUUCUGUAAAAUAUGUUUACUGUUAUGAUGUAAUUAGAAUGCAAUAAGAAUCAUCUUGUUUAAAAUAAAGUAUGUCUCUUAACUAUGCCAAGGGUGAAUAAGUAGUGGUCAAAAAAGAAGUGGCAUGUCUUGUUAAGAAUAAUGUCUGUGUUUUCAUGUUCUGUCUUUGGAUCUAGCGAAUCACAAAGUGCAUUAAGCUAUUGGAAUAUAGCAAUAGCUAUGCAUAUUCCAUGAAUAGUGCCUGAAAGCAGAUUGAAAUGAUUUUAAAGGGUUUCUACUCAAUGUCCAAAUUAAUGAUAUUUAUAUGAAAUGCAAGUGAAAAUGGCCAUGAAAAAAAUUCACUAAUUCUUUUUAAGACUUGAGGGCAUUUGAUAUUGUCAGGUUUUGCUUAGAUUUACACUGGAUAUUCAUAUUUAACUUGAAGGUAUAAAAGAUGUUAAUUUGUUUAAGAAUUGUGCUCCAAUGAUUGGCCAAGAAUGUAUAUUUUAAAUGGAUAUAAUCAUUCUUUUAACUGUUAUGCAAAGGUUCAUCAGAAACCUUUUCACAGGUUUCUGAUGAAGGGGAUGUUGGGCUUAUAUGCUAAAAUAAUGUGCAUGUUUUCUAGCUGAGAUGGGAGAUCACCUCAUUGUUGCUUAUAAUUUACACUUUUUAUGUGUUUCAUAUAGUGCUGUCAAAAAAACCCGAUAUACCAAAAAAAAAAAAAAACCCCAAACAAACCGCAUUGCAACCUGCAGAUAAAUUGGUGAUGAUAUGGGGAAGUCAGUGCUAUAUGUAAACAUUCAAAAGCACAAUCUGGUUGGAGGUUUUCCAUCUGUCGCAUCCUUCAGAGAUAAAUGGGAAUUACUUAAGUGUAAAUUGCCCAGUUGAUUGUGCCUCAGUUGUUUAAGCAGAAAUCUUUGUCUUUCGGAGAGUUUGUGGAUUUUAGGUUUUGAUAAUGCUGCUAAUUUCUACGAGGGGCGGUGAUACCUACUGUAUGUUUGUGUAUAAAAUAAAAUGUUUUAUGAAUUCCAAAGAUUCUUAAUAAAGUUCACUUGCAUAAAUAAUGGUGACAUGGUGGGAAGGAAUUAACAUUGCACCCAUUCACAAAAACAUAACUAUGAUAUUACAGAUUAUUUUGGUCUUUGCCAGCAAAUAAACUUUAACAUGACUAUGGGGAAAAGCUUAAAAAUCCAAGCAUGGUACAAUUGUUGUAUCGCUCAGACUUAACCAAAAAAGGAUGGGAAACUUGCUGAUUUUACUCAAUUAUUAAUUAUUAAAAUAGGUAAGAAUAAAAGACUUAGAUCUAGCUCUGAAUCAUUUUUCCCUUAAAUUCAAAAUCGCUCUAAACAACAAGGCUGGACCUCAUGCCUGCCAUAUUAUUGGCUAACAUGCUUAUCAAAUCUUGGCUGUAGAAAUUCUUUUUUUAAGCUAUCAUUAUUCAUGGGCUGGCCUGAAGCAUAAUCAUAGCUGUAUCUUUUUAGUUAUGUUCACCUAUGUAGCUGUUUCAGUUACCUUUUUACCAAAGCUUCUCAUUAAAAAAAAAAUCUUAGAAAACAUGUUCCUUCAUUUUGUGCACCCUCUUAGUAUGUGGACAAUUAAAUGAUAAUUAAAUCUAUCACUGCUGCGAGCUGCUAUGCAAAAGGCAGGCUAUAAAUCCAACAAAAUAAAUGCAAAAUAAAAUAAAAUGUGUGUGGGAGUCAUUUCUGAAAACAAGUUGAAGAAGGAGGAGGGAAUAAAGAUUUUAACUGACACUGUGGCAGCAUUUCAAAUGCUGAGGGGCAAGGUAUCUAUUUCUUGAAUGUAUACAUAGAAAAAUACAUUGAAUUUAAUAGAAAAGAACAGGCUUUUUUCUCCUAUAUACUUAAUUUGAGUGAUAGGCAAACUCUAGCUCAUUUGUUCAAGUAACUUAAUAAACCAAAGUUUAUAUUCUGCCAACCAUGUAUCAAACACGAUUCUCUUGCAAGUAAUCAGCAAUUCAGAUUUCUGUCUUUCACAGAGACAUACAAUCAGCAUAUACAGCCCUCUCAAAUCUCUGCUAACAGCAAGCUGCUAGUUCAGUUUUCCUUCAUUGUCUAUAAAAAUGGACAGAUGUAUUAUUGUUCUGUUCAGAACAUCUGUUUAAAAAGGAUAAUUGGGAAAAUAAGAAACAAACAUCUAAAACAAUUUUAGUAUAAAUCAUAUAUAACCUAAUACAUUUAAGCAGAGGGGAGGCAACCUUUACAAUUUUAAGACUUGUGGACUUCAAUUCCCAGAAUUCCCCAGCUAGCAUAGGAAUUCUGGGAGUUGAAGUCCACAAGUCUUAAAGUUGCCAAGAUUAGAUGCCCCUGUGUUUUUUUUUUAAUUUUUAAAAACAAACUUUAUUAAGUUUAAAAAUAUUAAAAAACAAAAAAUAUACAAAUUUUUCUCAAUCAUAAAUUUACAUAUACAAUACACAACACCACAAACAAACUAAAUAUAUGUAAUUAUAUAUAUACACAUAUAUAAACAGUGAUUUAUUACCUAUUCUAUCUACCUGACGGUGCUUAUUUAUUUCAUUUGAUUUUCCCUGAAUUUUGUCUUUACCCUUUUUUCUUUUGAUUUAUCCACUUGUACCAUCUAUUCCAUACUUUGAAAUAUUUUGAGUCUUCCUUGUCUUUUAAUUUUAAGGUUAAUUUAUCCAUUUCUGCACAUGCAUAAAUUUUUUGAAUUACCUCCUGAUCCGUUGGCAAGCGAUCUGUUUUCCACAAUUGUGCUAGUGCCAGUCUAGCCGCCGUAAUUAUAUGUAGUGUUAAGUAUUUUAUGUCCUGUCCAAUGUUCCCUUUGAUCAUGCCUAAUAAAAAGAUUUCUGGUUCUAA